CGGCAACGUCGACAACUAGCAGUACAGCCACCACCUCGACCUCAUCUGCAACAGCGACCACUACUACCACAGCUGCCACUUCGACCUCAACUGCAACAGCGACGUCGACAACCAGCACUGCAGGUGCCACUUCGACCUCAGCUACAACAGCGAUGUCGACAAGCAGUAUUACAGCCACGACUUUGACCUCAACUACAACAGCGACCACUACUACCACAGCUACCACUACGACCUCAAGUACAACAGGAACGUCGACAACUUGCUGUACAGCCACCACCUCGGCCUCAACAACAACAGCAACGUCGACAACUAGCACUACAGCCACCACCUGGACCUCAACUACAACAGCGACGUCGGCAACCAACACGACAGCUACGACUUCGACCUCAGCUACAACAGCAGCUUCGACCUCAGCUACGAUGGUGACGUCUAGUACCAGCACUACAGGGUCCGCUUCGACCUCAACUACGACGGCGAGUUCGCCAACCAGCACGAAAGCUACCACAUCGACCUCAGCCACAUCGGCGACGUCCACAUCCGUCAUCACGGAUGCUUCAAGCUCAACUGGAAGAACAACCAGCGCGCGGUGUAGUUCGGGCGCAACCACGAGUGCAAGGAUAAAUCCGCCUAUUGCGGUUAGUAGUGUCGUAUCCUUUUGCGGUUGUUCGAAUUUGAGCUUGUCCUUGACUAGUAUCUCGUUCGAUAUGACGAAUGCUAUCUAUCAAUGGGAAUCUUCGCCAGCCGGUCAGAAUGUUUGGCUUAAUAUUAGCACACCGGAUGCUGCUUCGGCGUGGGCUGUAGGAGGCCAAGCAGAGUCAACUGAUUAUCGGUGUGAAGUGUUGGUUUUGUGUCCGUCACUGUUGAAUUUGAUGUCGUCGAUUGUAACUGUUCCGAAUGCCUUCUGCGCACCAAAUGUGGUCAGUUGUGUUGCGGGUGAUUAUAUAAACGAUUUUGUUUUGAUAGGGGAGACGGGCACACAGAUCUAUGAUUUGGCGACGGGUUGUGCGGCAAAUGGUUACGAUAACCGAACUAACGAAUCAGUCAGUUUGGCGGGAAACAUGAGCUAUGUUGCUUUGGUAUCAACAAACUACACGUCGGGUGAGAGGUUCGCGAUCUGGAUUGAUUUCGAUGAUAACUUUGUUUUUGAUUCAUCGGAACAAGUAGCAAAUCGAAUGUUAAAUUCAACGCUUGAUACGCCUGUUAUUGUAUCUAUCCCUCCCAUUGGUCUGGUAGCCAAAACUGGUGUUCAUCGAAUGAGAGCAACAUUAUCCUUCGUAUCCGUACCUAAUCCCUGCAGUCCAAAUACUACGUUCGGCAGAACGUUGGGCGAAACACAUGAUUAUGCAGUGAAUAUUUUAACAUAUACACGUAAGUUAUAUCAUCGAUAG